UUCACUUCAACAAAGAGCCAGGAAUCCAAAAAAGUUGAUAAAUCAUAUCAAAAAACCCGAAAUUUCGACGAUACAAAGCGACUUAUUCCCCGAAUUCUUUCGAAAACCUCACGUUGCAACUACUUUUGUGAUAUUGCUUACGGGAUUUUUGUGAAACAUGCCUAGAGGAAAAUACGUCAAUCACAAGGGACGCAAUCGUCACUUUACCGAUGUCGAAGAGCUCGAGCAGGAACGGAAAAAGGCUGAACAGAAAAAGUGGCGCAAGCAACAAGGCGAAGACGAUGAGGAAGAAAGUUCCAGCGAGGAAGAAGAAGCUUCCGAAAAGUCCGAAGAAAGUGGAUCUGAAGAAGAAUCUGAAUCAGAAGACGAUGGCAAGGCGAAAGGACCUCAGGGCGUCAUUGAAAUCGAAAAUCCGAAUCGUGUGCAAAAGAAAGCUGCCAACAAGGUGACACAAAUCUCUCUGGACAGUGCAAGCGGGAGCAAGAAACCCGAACUUUCGCGACGAGAACGCGAAGAGCUCGAGAAGCAACGGGCACAAGCCAAUUAUCAAAAGUUGCAUGCGCAGGGCAAAACUGAACAGGCGCGAGCUGACUUGGCACGCUUAGCAAUUAUCAAGCAACAUCGAGCGGAGGCAGCUGCUAGACGUGAAGCGGAGAAAAAAGAAAAGGAAAAGAAAGCUCUUGAAAAACGAUAGUGAGAGCUCUCUCUUUGUGUAUCUUCCGAAACAAAAACUCGUUUUACGCAAAAAUUUAAGAAGUAGAAGCGAUUUCCCGUGUUUAUUUUUGAUUUUCUAUGAAACUCCCGUCGAAAUGUGCGAUUUUAUUUGAUUUUGUUCUACUUAAUGAAUCAAAACCUUUGAAUAUUAGUUAAAAUUAAAUAAUAUUGACAGAGAUAAAUAUUUCAGAA